AUGCUGUGGGCGUGGACGGGUGCGCGCCGAGCCGGCCGUCUUCCGAGGCCGGCCUUCACGUGUCGGGCCGCGCGGCACGCGCCGGCGGCAGCCGGCGCUGGUGCGCCGCGCGGCCGGGCGGCACGGGGCGGGCCGCGGCGGCCGGCCGGCCGGGGCGCGGUGCGGCGGUGCCCGCGCCGCCGGGGACGACGCCGCGGAGAGGUGGGCCAUGGCCGAGGACACUUCGUGAGCUGCGCUUCGGGCCCGACAUGCGCCGCUCUCUACAAGCCCGGCCUGCCCUUCGUCGACGCCGUAGAAGCCGUCAGCUCUGAACAGUGUGUCCGCGUUCGAGUCAAGGUGUACGACAACACAACAGCGAUAUACAGCCAAGAUGUGGAAAUCACUUCAGGAGAAGGGAUGUUCGUUGUGCCGGCCAUACUCGCCGACAGCGAAGUAAUCACUUUGCAGGCGGAGCUGGUGUCGGUGGAGGGCAAGGAGAUCGACAGCCACUACGUGCUGGCGCGCGAGGCGGUGCGCAAGUGGCACGCGCCCUCGCACUGCUACCUGCUGGUGCAGGGCCUCGAGCACUCGCUGCGGCCGGGGGAGUCGGCGCGCGCGGCCGUGCUGUCCACGUGCCCGUGCGCGCGCCCGCUGCACUUCCUGGUGACGACGGGAGGGCGCGCCGCCGCCUGGGGGCUGCUGCCGCCGCCGCCGCCGCGCCCCCGCGCCGCCGCGCCCCCCCGCCGCCUGCCGCCUCAAUUC